AUGUCACCAGUUCUAAAAAUGAGUCCGCAGAACCUGGGAGAUGACGAAGCUGGGAGGCUGAAAGCUUUGCAGAUAGCUAUGAUGCUUGCCCUCCCAUUCAGUUUGAAAGCUGCUGUGAACUUAGGUGUACCCAAAAUUUUGGUGGACGCAGGUUCUGGAGCUGAGCUUACAGCUGAAGACAUUGCGACGUCCAUUACCAAGCUCUCGGACCGCUGUGCAGAUGCUACAAAUUUGGAGCGCAUCUUGAGAGUGUUGGCAUCGCACAACGUCGUGACAGAGAUUGUAUCGAAGAAUGGCAAUGACUCCGACUGUUCUCAUAGGAGUUAUGGACCCACUUCAACUCUCAAGUACUUCACUGAUAACGAAGAUGGAGUUUCGCUAGCUCCAUUUCUUCUUAUGGCCACUGAUCCUGUUACCCUACCAGCCUUUCAAUACCUUCACUUGCCAGUUCUGGAUGUGAAUGUGGAGCCUCACGUUCUUGUUCAUGGGAUGAAACUCUUCGAGUACGCUGCAACCGAUGCUAGAUUUAGCAAGCUGUUCAAUAAAGCCAUGCAUGAUCACACACACAUAGAAAUGUCAGCAUUACUGAAGAAGUACAGAGGCUUUGAGACCUUGACCUCAUUAGUCGAUGUCGGCGGUGGGCUGGGUGCUACAUUGGCCAUGAUUCUGCCCAAGUACCCGAAAAUACGCGGAAUCAAUUUCGACCAACCACAUGUUGUAGCUGAUGGGCUGCAAGUGCCAAAUUUGGAACACGUUGGUGGAGACUUCUUUGCCAGUGUGCCUGAAGCCGAUGCUGUAUUUAUGAAGUGGAUUCUGCAUGAUUGGGAUGACGAACGAUGUGGUAAGAUACUGAAGAACGUCUGGAGAGCUUUACCUCCUCAUGGCAAGCUCAUCAACCUCGACUACGUGUUGUCAGACACCUCAGAUCCAUCCCCUGCAACCAAGAUCUCCUUAUGCACAGAUAUUUCAAUGAUGGCAGUCAACUCCAAUGGGAGGGAACGUACACUGGCCCAGUUCAAGACGCUUGCAGCUGAUGCGGGAUUCAAAAGAGUUGAAUGUGUUGCACAAACAGACAAUCUGUCACUUCUGGAGUUUUACAAGAAUUGA